AUGGCCGGAGAAGAAGAUAAUCCUCCGUCUGGUACUAGUGCAGUGGAUUCCAGUGGAAACCAAGUAACUGCUAGUCCGUCUGGUUCCAGUGGAACUCAAGUAAACAGCGGUGUUGUGCUGCCUCUAGUUGAGGCUCAUACAAUUUCGCCGUACACCUUGGCGGCGUCCGACAAUCCCGGUGCGUUGAUCACGUCUGUUCAGUUGAACGGUGAAAACUACAACGAGUGGUCAUCGGAAUUGCUCAAUGCACUCCAGGCCAAACGCAAGUUAGGUUUCAUUCAUGGAAAUCUUACUAAACCUGCGAUUGGGAGUCCUGACCUGGAGAACUGGUUAACGGUGAAUUCAAUGCUCGUAGGGUGGAUACGUGCGUCGAUUGAACCUAAAGUUAGGUCAACAGUAACAUACAUCACGGAUGCUCGUCUCCUGUGGAAUGAGCUUAGAGAAAGAUUCUCGGUGGGAAACAAAGUCCGAACUCACCAGAUCAAGUCUCAGCUUGCUGCGUGUCGGCAGAAUGGUCAGUUGGUUCUUGAAUACUACGGUUGA